UUUUUAAGUUUUCUUUAUCUUUUUUCAGUUCUGCUUGAGAUUUCCAGAAUUUUGAAUACUGGCUUAGAUAUGGAAACUUUGUCUAUUUGUGUACGGCUUUGUGAACAAGGAAUUAACCCAGAAGCUUUAUCAUCGGUUAUUAAGGAGCUUCGCAAGGCUACUGAAGCGCUAAAGGUUAGAGAUUCCUAUUAGUUCAUUGUAAAUAAAGAUACUUUUGUUUAGAAAAUGAUUCAUGAUGAAGUUAUAGGAAAGAUCUUAGUUAAAGAAGGUUAAACUACUUCCGACACCAUCAGGAGAAAUUCUGAAAACUAGGAGCUUAAUAACAUAUGUUCAGAUCACAAAUAUUACUGUCAUCACAGACAAUGUUAUCUUUUCUCAGAAGUCUCUGUUUUUAGAAUUUUCUAUAUGGUGAGUAAAUUGUGUCCACCGUGAAAGAGAUACAUUCAAGUGCUAACCCUGGUGGUGAUGAAUAUGACCAUAGUUGGAAAUAAUGUCUUUGCAGAUAUCCUCAAGUUAUGAGGUCAUAACUGGAUUAGGGUAGAUCCUAAUCCAAUGGUCGGUGUCUUUAUAUGACAAGGGAAAUUUGAACACAGAUACAAAGAGAAGAUACAUACAUGUGAAGACAAAGGCACAGAAGGGAGACUGCCAUGUAACAAUACAGGCAGAAAUUGGAGUGACGUGUCUGUAAGUCAAGGAAAGUCAGGUAUUGUCAGCAGCCACCAGAAGCUGGGAAGCAGCAAGUAAGGAUCCUCCUGUGGAGCCUUCAGAGAGCAUGGCCCAGCUGACAUAUUUAUUUUGGAUUUCUGAUCUCCAGAACUGUGAAAGAAUAAAUUUUUUAUUGUUUUAAGCCACCUAGUUUGUAUUACUUUGUUAUGGCAGCCCUAGAAAUCUGAUACAGAUUUUAGGACUGGGAAGUGGGGUGCUGCUGUAACAAAUACUUAAAAAUGUAGAAGUGGCUUUGGAAUUGGAUAAUGGAUCGAGACUGGAAAUUUUAAGGUGCUUUAUAGAAAAACACUAGAUUGCCCUUGAAGAGACUGUUGGUAGAACUGUGAAUGUUAAAGGCAAUUCUGGUGAGGGCUCAGAGGAUAGCUGUAGAGAAAGCUUUCUUAUUUCUGAGAUACAUAUACGUUAGGGACAGAAUGUUUCUUUAUGUAAGAACAUUAAAAAUGCUUCUGGUGACAUCUCAAACGGAAAUGAGGAACAUUUAUUGAACACUAGAGGAAAGGUGAUUCUUGUUAUAAAGUGACAACUUGGCCAAAUUAUGUUCUACUAUUGGAAGAAAAAUAGAAUAUGUAAGUAAUGAACUUCAAUAUUUAGCUGAGGAAAUUUCCAAGCAGAGUGUGGAAAGUACAGCCUGAUUUCUCAUUGCUGCUUGUUAUAAAAUUUAAGAGGAAUGAGCAGUUUAGGAAGGAACUAGCACUUGAUGAUUUGGAAAAUUCCUAGCCUAUCUGAAUAGCAUGUUCUGGAGAUGGGGCCAAGAGUGUGGGUGGCUUGUGAGGAAAUUAGCUGUGUGAUAGACCCCGUCAGCCAUCUCAGCACAAACACUGCUGGAUGGGACUGCGUGAGACAAGGCGAAAUGAAGGCUGUCAGAUUACUGGAAUUCUGUAGGCAGGAAAUUGGCUGAUAGAGCUGUGACCAUGUGGUAUACUUCAAAAAAAGGGAAGAAUGAAUCCAAGAGUGAUUGAGAGACCAGGGGGCUGCUGAUGCCGUCAUGAGCCCAGAAGGCCACCUUUUUACAAAGUUUAAAUUAACCACCUUUUAAUUGCUGAGACUGGCAACAGAAAAAGUAUGCUGUUCCCUGUCUUCCUUGCACAUACUCUCUGAUUUAAAAAUCUCAUGAUUUUAUUUUCAUGUUUAUAUAGCACUGUCUCACCCUAAGUACUGAAACUUUAAAUUAGUCUAUCUUAAAACUUGCCCAAUGACAAAGUGACUUAUCUUUUUUCUUAUCUCUGAGAAAACAGAACUAUAUAAAACAUAUAAAUGACCUGUCUUUCAGAUUUAAGUUACUUUCCAGUAAGCUCCAAUGUUUUAGGUUGUGUGCUUUUUGAAAUCUUUUGAUUAUUAAAUCUAACACAAAAGGGUAAACAAAAAAUAUUUACAGAGCAAAAAUAUAUCAUAAAAUCUCCAUGCAGCUAUCACUGCCAGCACCAAAGAAACCCCCUGUGCUCCUACCCCAGUCACCAACCCCUCUCCUUCCUCUUCUCACCUCUAGUAACUACUGUCCUGACUUCUAUGGUAGACUCUGUUUUAGUGGUAUUACUAACGAAACGUGGAUCUCUAAACACUGUAGUUUAAUUUUGUAAAAUUUUUAAACUCAGUAUAAAUGCAUUCUUAUAACACUAUCUUUUUCCUGAGUUCUUUCAUUUAACAUUAUGUCUGUGAGAUUAUUUAUGUGGUAUGUAGCUGUUAUGCAUUUCUUUUCACUGUAAUAUGUUUUAUUGUACAAAUAUACUAUAAUUUAUCUUUUCUACUAUGAAUGGAUAUUAGAUUGUUUACAAUGUGGGACUAUUACACAUAAUGCUGCUUUGAGUAUUGUACUUAUCUCUUGAUUCUUGUAUAUGACCAUUUCUGUUAGGUGUGUAUCUAGAAGUGAAAUUGCUAGGUCUUAGGUUAUAUGUAUCUUUAACUUCAAUAGACGAUAAUAAUGUCAAACUUUGCAAAAACAGUUGUAUUGAUUUAUAUUUCCACCAUCAGCAUAUGAGUUUCCUUUGCUCCACAUCUUUGCUGAUGCUUAUUAUUGUGAGUCUUUUUAAUUUUAGUCAUUCUGCGAUGUAUAUGGGUUUCUCAUUUAGUUUUAUUUGUAUUUCUUUGAGUACCAAUAAGGUUAAUGCAUUUUUACAUGUGUUUUGGCCAUCUUCUUCUGUGAGGUAGCUUUUUAAGUCACUUGCCCU